UUCCGAGCUCCUCUCUUCUCCCUCCACUUUAUAUCCCAGCGGGCAUUCUCUUUCCUCCACUCCCUUUCUUUUAUUUUCUCUCUCACCCCCAUCCAGAGACGCACAGACCCAAAUGUGCACAGGCACAUGCUCGCUGUCUGUGUCUUGUCAUCUCGUCUUUUGUCUUGGAUCUUACCUUGUCUUUGUCCCUGAAUCUCCUUGUUCCUCUCAUCUCUCCCGGUGUUUACAUCUGUCUUUUUCCCUGAGCCUCGCUCCCUCCAUCCAUUCCUCCGCCCUCUCAUUUUUUUUCCCCUGACUCCCUCCUGCCUCCUCCCUCUCUCCUUUGAUUUUCCUGGUCCCUCAUCUCUCCUCCCUCCUCUUUCUCACUCUCAUGCUCCCUUUUUCGCUCUCUUGAGUACAUGCACUUGCUUUCUCUCUCUUGCUUUUCCUCUUUCUCACCUUAGCUCCUGGCCUCUGGCGCUGUCUACACCCCACCCCAUCCCUUGCUCUUUGAGAAGCCUCUGUGCAGUGCCCAGGUCCUGGCGGCCCAACUUGGAAGUUCCUGUGGUACCCCUUGAGAGGCCCUAGGGCCACAGCAUUUCCUCCCAGGGGUGACUUGGUAGUGAUACGCUCUGUUUCUUCACUUCUGCAAUUGCCAGACAGCAUAGAGGCUGAGGCUGGGGCCAGGACCCAGACAGAGACACACGGUCACUGCAGCUGAAGCCGCUGCCCCUGCUACAGGCACCACCAGGACCAGCUGAUCAUUCCAGCCCACAGCAAUGGAGCCACAUGACUCCUCCCACAUGGACUCUGAGUUCCGAUACACUCUCUUCCCGAUUGUUUACAGCAUCAUCUUUGUGCUUGGGGUCAUUGCUAAUGGCUACGUGCUGUGGGUCUUUGCCCGCCUGUACCCUUCCAAGAAAUUCAAUGAGAUAAAGAUCUUCAUGGUGAACCUCACCAUGGCGGACAUGCUCUUCUUGAUCACGCUGCCACUGUGGAUUGUCUACUACCAAAACCAGGGCAACUGGAUACUCCCCAAAUUCCUGUGCAAUGUGGCUGGCUGCCUUUUCUUCAUCAACACCUACUGCUCUGUGGCCUUCCUGGGCGUCAUCACUUAUAACCGCUUCCAGGCAGUAACUCGGCCCAUCAAGACUGCUCAGGCCAACACCCGCAAGCGUGGCAUCUCUUUGUCCUUGGUCAUCUGGGUGGCCAUUGUGGGAGCUGCAUCCUACUUCCUCAUCCUGGACUCCACCAACACAGUGCCCAACAGUGCUGGCUCAGGCAACGUCACUCGCUGCUUUGAGCAUUACGAGAAGGGCAGCGUGCCAGUCCUCAUCAUCCACAUCUUCAUCGUGUUCAGCUUCUUCCUGGUCUUCCUCAUCAUCCUCUUCUGCAACCUGGUCAUCAUCCGUACCUUGCUCAUGCAGCCGGUGCAGCAGCAGCGCAACGCUGAAGUCAAGCGCCGGGCGCUGUGGAUGGUGUGCACGGUCUUGGCGGUGUUCAUCAUCUGCUUCGUGCCCCACCACGUGGUACAGCUGCCCUGGACCCUUGCUGAGCUGGGCUUCCAGGACAGCAAAUUCCACCAGGCCAUUAAUGAUGCACAUCAGGUCACCCUCUGCCUCCUUAGCACCAACUGUGUCUUAGACCCUGUUAUCUACUGUUUCCUCACCAAGAAGUUCCGCAAGCACCUCACCGAAAAGUUCUACAGCAUGCGCAGUAGCCGGAAAUGCUCCCGGGCCACCACAGAUACGGUCACUGAAGUGGUUGUGCCAUUCAACCAGAUCCCUGGCAAUUCCCUCAAAAAUUAGUCCCUGCUUCCAGGCCUGAAGUCUUCUCCUCCAUGAACAUCAUGGACUGAGCUGGGGGAAGAAGGGAUAUCUACUGUGGUCUGGGCAUCACCUCUGUGGGCACUGGUGGGCCAUUAGAUUUGGAGGCUACCUCACCCGGGCAGGGAUGAUGGCAGAGCCAGACUGUUGGAAAAUCCAGAACUCAAAUGAGCCCCUUCAUCCGCCUGUGGGCGCAUACUACAGUAACUGUGACUGAUGACUUUAUCCUGAGUCCCUUAAUCUUAUGGGGCCGGAAGGAAUGUCAGGGCCAGGUGCAGACCUUGGGGGAAGACUUUAAACCACCUAGUUCUCCCCGAUGGGGCAUCGGUCUAAAGCUUUGGGGGGGUCAGCGCAGUGGCUCACACCUGUAAUCCCAGCACUUUGGGAGGCCGAGGUGGGCAGAUCAUGGGUCAAGAGAUCGAGACCAUCCUGGCCAAUAUUGUAAAACCCCAUCUCUACUAAAAAAUACAAAAAUUAGCUGGGUGUGGUGGCACACACCUGUAGUCCCAGUUACUCGGGAGGCUGAGGCAGGAGAAUCGCUUGAACCUGGGAGGCAGAGGUUGCAGUGAACCUAGAUUGCACCAUUGCACUCUAGCCUGGCAACAGAGCGAGAUUCCGUCUCAAAAAAAAAAAAAAAAAAAAAAAAUAGCGCAGCUUAAUCUUGGACUUCUAGUCUCCAGAACUGUGAAAAAAUAAAUCUCUAUUGUUUAAGCCACCUAAAAAAAAAAAAUAGCUUUGGGCAAGUACUCUCAAGUGAUAGAAGUAGAAUGGGUUAGGAAAGGACACUGCCCUCACUGUGUGGCACUACCUUGGGGCAGACUUUUGAGCUAGGAUGUUGCCAUCGUCUCUCCACCCUCCGGCACAAGGUCUUUGUGACCUUUCUCAGGGGAAGGGGCUUGAUGGAACCUUCUCUGACUCAUCUGGCAACCUGUCCCUAAUGGUGACCAAAGAAGAUAAAACAUGAACAGACCAAAAGCUAGGACAAGAGCUUGCUUCCCAAGACAGACGUGUCUGUCUGCAAAGCCCUUGCCUCUAGUCCAGUCAGCUCUGGGGGAGUGGGAAGGAGAUUCCCACCUCCUCUUUCUGUCUCAACAACAGUCCCUAAUUAAGUACCUUCUGUGGGGCAGCCACCCACUGAGGACGGGCAAAGGCCCCUUGAAAGCAAAAUUGGGGCUGGGCUCAGUGGCUCAUGCCUAUAAUCCCAGCACUUUGGGAGGCCAAGGCAGGCAGAUCACCUGAGGUCCGGAGUUCGAGACCAGUCUGGCCAACGUGGUGAAACCCCAUCUCCACUAAGAAUACAAAAAUAUGGCUCAUGCCUGUAAUCCCAGUACUUUGGGAGGCUGAAGUGGGCCGAUCAUUUGAAGUUAGGAGUUUGAGACCAGCCUGACCAAUAUGGUAAAACCCCAUCUCUACUAAAAAUACAAAAAAAUUAGCCCAGCGUGGUGGCGCAUGCCUGUAGUCCCAUAGGCUGUAGCUACUGGGAGGAGGCGGAGCUUGCAGUGAGCCGAGAUCGUGCCACUGCUCUCCAGCCUGGGCGACAGAGCGAGACUCUGUCUCAAAAAAAAAAAAAAAGCAAAAUUGGAGCUGUCCAGGCCAGGACACCUCGACGUCCAGGGGCUUCCAUAUGAACAGACGCAUGGGCUGGGAAGUGCAUGAGGCCCCUGGGUAGAAGGGUCUGUCAGUUCUCUCCUCCCUUGCCCUCUGGGAGGCUCCUCCUAAGAUAGCUUCCAGGAGGUGGGAGGAGCAGUUACUGUCAGCAGGUGUCAGCCAGGUUUCAGCUUCUCCUGGGGAUCUCUAGAUGUCUGCUUGUGAUUUUUGGCAAGUAUAUGCAAAUGAGCCUCCUCUCCUGCCCUGAGACAAGUAUCUGCAGUGUGAACCUGGCAGCCUCAGACCCAAGGGGCUCAGAGGAAACUUCUCUGGUUUCUAGAGCUCUGUGCUCCUUCAGAGAAGUCUUCCUUCCUUCCAGUCAGUGUCCCUGUGAAGCUGGGAUACUCAUUGCCUGUGUACCGGGCAAACAGCGGAUUGCUGAUUUUGAGAAAUGCCUCUCAAUGGACCAGUAACCUGCUGGAGUCUGGGAUGGUAGCUGUGGGCUGGACUUGGCUGAUGGGAUGACCCGGUGGCUAGUGCAGCAUCACACAGGCCUGGUUCAAGUCUUGGCUGUGUCAUUUCCUGCUGAGGGACCAGGCACUGAAUUUCCUACCUCUUAGGGUCGUUACCUAUGAGGUUAAAGCUACCUCAUGGGAUUGUUAUACGCUGCUAAUGUUGAGGCAGACACCUCUUGGUCAGGGUGACUGCUCGUCUUAGACCCUCCCCUUUUCUGCGAAUUUGGGCCCCUUGAUCCUCUGAUGGGAGCUGAAAGGAUGAGAGGUGGGCAUCUAGAUUCCGGGAGGCUGUUCAGGCUUUGCAGGUCCCUUACCUGAACACAUAGAAACCCUGGAGCUGUGACUGUGUCCGUGUGUGUGUGUUUGUCUGUGUGCGCAAUGGGCGCCUGCAUGAAUGUGGUAGAGAAAAUGGCUCUGCUCAGAGAGAAGAUACGCAUAGCAAGGCAGGGACCAGAGGAAUCACAGGCGCCUGGAGAGCAGCCUGGCACUGCCUCCAGGGACCUGCCAGCUUCCCUCAGUCCUCCAGGGGCCCAGCACUCUUUCCUUUAGGCCCUGUGAGCGUCCCUUGUCAGGAUACAUUCUCUCAUUUUGCUGAAGCUGAUUUGAUUGGGCGUCUGUUUCUCGCAGCCAAAAGAGCUCUGAAUGAGGAGAGUGUUUCUGUGCUAACUCCCCGCGUCUCCUGAAUUUCAGUCAUUCAUGUACCCGCCUUGAAAUUUUUGCAAUAUCUGUGUACCAAC